UUUCCAUUGGGUUUAUUUUUUUCCUGAAUAACUCCUUUAUACUGCCCAGUGAGGCUUAAAAUUUAACUUUCCGACAUUUGUCAUGUUUUGUUUGUCUGGUGUUUUGGUUUCCCUGUUGGCGCAUUUAUACCCAAAGAAGGCAAAAGGAUUUAUAACCAAACAACAAACGGAAAGGAAAGCAAGGAAAGUAUUCAGGAAAAACAAGACAUCGAUAACUGGGUGCAGAGGAAGAAAGUUAAAAAGCUUUUAA